CUGCAUUUUGGACACGAAGCCGGGACUAAGAGCUAUCAUGCGCGCGCAAGACCGCUUGGCACCGACUUUGUUGAGCUACCUGCUCUAUGUCGGCGUCUUUUCUGUGUUCAACGUGAACCUGAGCGGGACGGAGGACCCCGAGCCUCGAGUCCUCGUGCUGCGCACACCGGAGCAGAAGCCAGAGGAUAAACUGAAAUUAUGGGCUUUAAAUUGAUUCGUCCAAAUCAUGGAGGAACAGGCGUGGGUAGGGGUUGACUCGGAUAAAUAUGUUUUUAAGACGAGUUUUGUCAUCCCGUGUGACGAUAUCAUUGAUUCAAUAGCCGAUAUCCAUCCUAGGUUAGCCCCUCCCAUCAACAAAUCAUGGAUUCACUUCACGAAGAAUCCAGCGGAGGAUGGGAACCCAUACAAGCAUAAGCUCGUUCUAAUCGUUGUGGAGAGCGGCAGCCCCUGGGAACUAGCACAGGCAUUCUGCCAAGACCCGUUCACGACGAGGGGAGUUUCCGGAGGGCAUGAAGCUGUCGAAAUCGCACAGCAGAAACACGAUGCGCAUUGUCAGUUCGUAGAAAGCCAUUUAUUUCGCUCUUUCAUCGCAAGAAUCGUGAGAAAUGCAGAUUCUGAUGUAUUGAAUUAUGUGGAGGAGAGCUUCGUUCCAUGUGAUCAUCCGACGAGUAGGAACAGCCACUUUCCGAAAGAGGUUCCGAGAGGAGCGCUCGCGGCCCUGUUUGAACUACCGCAGCUGCAUGGGACUGCCUCAUUGUUACUUCUGAGACGUCGAAGAGGAGGCACAUUAACUGCGGAGGACAAAAGGUUAUUUCGUUAAGAAUAGUUCAUAUGCGCUAUUCUGAUCCUGUGUGUUGCUGCCGUAUUCUAUGCUGUGUUUGGAGUAUACAACCUUUUUCCUUUGUUUUAUUUAGGGCGGAGCGACCGAGGGGGAACGGCAAAAACCCACUAUUGUCAGGAUAGCGAGAAACUACCUCCAAUUUAUAGAGCAGCAACAGGAGAUCAACAUGAGACGACUACCGCGCGAACUCCCACUGGUAUUGAAGGAAAGCCCAGUUCCACCUUCUCAAUGGGAGACCAUUCUUUUCUAG